AUGAUUUGGUCAAACGCUAUGAAGAAAAACACGCGGAACAAUAACAUGAUCGAUCUAAACUUUGGUUGCAAUCAUAUGACGUGCGUACGCAAAGCUGAAUUUUGCUACGUGGGCGACAAGGUCUGGAAGAAUUGCAAUUGUCCACAAUUCCACGAUGACUACCACGAGGAGUUCCGCGACGACGCUGAUGGGUUGGCUGAUAGGGUGGCGGUUGGCUACUUACCAGGAUAUCGCCGUCGCACUGUUUUCAGAGCUGAACGGGCAGUCGAGCGGUAUGCCAAACACCUGAGGCAGACCUGGGGGAGGCCAGAUCCACGUUCACGGGAAGAGCAAUUUCAAGAAGUGCGCGAUGAGGUGGAGAACGGAUGCGACAAUGGCUAUUGGCAGCUCAUUCGAAUGAUAAAAGAUGAGCCAGGGCACUGCAAGCUUUGCAGACGGGAGGAGCCGCAGCAGGCGUGA